UACAACUCCAGGAACAAUUCUGACAGCUAAAUUAUAAUUUCCACAUGACAAAAUGUCUUAUCAAUUGUGAUGUUCGAUAUAUUUUAAAUUAAAAAAUCUUUUGUGAAAAUGGUCAAUAUAAGCAGUUCAGAACCUGGUUGUGGAUGCGAAGAACAAAGUGGUGAUGACAAAGGACUUUGCUAUGUAGAAGGAAUAGUAAAAGAUUAUACUGGAGAAGAUUUACACGAAAACGUAUGGUAUUCUAUGAAACCUCCAAAGCAUGUUGGAGCAUCUUCGAACCCCCAAGUUUCAGCAAGAACUGUAGAGGUUACUAGAGCUGAAUUGACAGGCAAAGUCAACAUUCACAAGGCUCUCAAUGAAACCUCCAUAAGAACUGGGGACGACAAACAUAAUAAAGUCAAUAUAAAGAAACGAAAAGCUGGAGUAAGCUUUGUCAAGAAAAAAGGCGAAUAGUCAGAAGGGGCAUGUUUGAGUUGUAAACAUAUGUUGAAAACUAGAAGAAAUAUAUUGUUCUAAUAAC